UGAACUCCAUUAACGACGAAAAUCGACAUAUCAUAAUUUAUUAUAGUUGGGCUAUUUUUAGUUGGACUAUUUUAAUAUGGGUCUUGUACUAAUCAUUAAACAAAACUUAUAACAUAGUUUUUUUAAUUAAAACUAAAACUUUUCAAAUCAUUUUCAUUAGUUUUCCUUUAAAAUAACAAAAAACGUAGGAAUCAUUCACCUAACCUCACUUGCAACAAAAUUUUAUAGGAAUAUAUAAUAAGACCUAAGUGAUGAACCUUCAACAGAUUGCAAAUUGAACUAGUCAACAGAACUGGCCUUGUGAUUUUUGCCUUUCUCCCCUUCCUGCAUCUUCACCCCCCUCAACAUGGAUACCUCCAAUUUGGCUGAUCAGUCUGAGAGUUCUAUUAUUCCGUUAGCAUCAACCGAUGUCGGUAACCAGAUCGAGCUAGCAGAUCAGACCGACGUCCAAGAAGCUGUAAAGUUAGAAGGCAACAAUAGUACAGUUUUAAUAAGUAGCAUGAAUCCUGACGUUUUCAACGCUGCAAAACAAGGCAAUCUCGAUGUCCUUAAGGAACAAGGCAAGAAUCUGGACAAAAUGUUGACUGCAACUAAGAACACAGUCCUUCAUAUCUAUACAGCAUGCUGUAUGCAACCACCGUACAGAGAAUCUGAAGAUGAGAUACUCAAGUCAACGACCACUGUGGACGGUAUCCUUGAAAUGUGUCCAGCACUACUAUGGAAGCAGAACGAGAGUGGUGAUACUGCCCUACACAUUGCAGCAAGAUAUGGGCGUGCUGGUAUACUUAGAGCUCUCAUCCAAGCUACAAAAACUUAUUAUCAAGGCGACCUUGAGCAAGGCUGUGCGAUCUCAUCAGAAGAUGCCCCCUUGCACGUUGUGGCAAGAUAUGGGCCUGCUGGUAAACUCAGAGCUCUCAUCCAAGCUACAAAAAGUUAUUAUCAAGGCGACCUUGAGCAAGGCUGUGCGAUCUCAUCAGAAGAUGCCCCCUUGCACGCUGUGGCAAGAUAUGGGCUUGCUGGUAUACUCAGAGCUCUCAUCCAAGCUACUUAUCAUCCAGGCGACCUCGAGCAAGGCUGUGCAAUCUCAUCAAAAGAUGCCCCCUCGCAGGACCAAAAGCUCAUCAGGAAAACCAACAACAAGAAGGACACAGCACUGCACGAAGCUGUCCGCUUUAAUCACUUUGCUGUGGUGGAGAUAUUAAUCAAAGCAGAUCCUGAGUUUUCCUACUCUGCUAAUGAUGCUGGCGAGACUCCUCUCUACCUAGCUGUCGAGAGGGGAUACGAUCAUUAUUGUCGUCAAAUACUCGAAGGUUGCAAAAAUCCAACUUAUGAAGGCCCAAAUGGUAGAACGGCUUUGCACGCUGCAGUUAUCCGCAAUGAUGAAGUAAUGACGACAGCAUUACUAAAAUCGGAUAGAAAUUUGGCAAAAGCAGCAGACGAACUAGGACACAUUCCGCUUCACAUGGCUGCAAAUUUUGGUCACUUUUCAAUGGUUCAGCAACUAUUGGAAUGUGAUAAAUCUAUCGCCUACAUUGCUGACAAUGGUGGGCGCACAGCUCUUCACUUUGCAGCGUCCGAAGGCCAUUUAGAUAUAAUGAGAGAGCUUCUUACUCAUUGCCCUGAUUGUUGUGAACUGGUCGACAACCAAUGUCAGAAUGUGCUUCACUAUGCCAUAAAGAGCCAUCAAGAUGACAUAGUUGAUUUUGUGUUAAAGGAUCUGUGGCUUAGCAACAUCCUCUUAAAUGACAAGGAUGCUAACGGCAAUGCACCUAUCCAUUACCUUGCUCAGUAUCCCUUCCUCUGGAAGGAUGCUAUUAUACUUGAUGCUAAAAUUGAUAUAAUGUCAUUCAACAAGAAAAACUUAAACGCUUUCGACACCAUUCUAGCUAAUGAGGACAGCAUAAGCAACGCACUUGAGCUGAAAGAUUUAAAAAUAAAAUUGCAAAGGAGGGACGGUAGACCAGGUCACAGAAUUAAAAGCCACAACGCUGAUGGCAAAGACACUGGAGAAAGCUUAACGAAAGCAAAAGAAACCCAUCUGAAAUUGCAGAGGAAGGACGGUAGACCAGGUCACAGAAUUAAAAGCCACAACGUUGAUGGCAAAGACACUGGAGAAAGCUUAACGAAAGCAAAAGAAACCCAUCUGGUGGUGGCUACACUGAUAGCAACCGUAACUUUUGCUGCGGGUUUUACCAUGCCCGGUGGUUACCAUAGCGAAAGAGGAUCGGACCAGGGUUCCCCGAUUCUAUUAAGAAACACAGCGUUCAAGGCAUUUGUUAUAACAGAUACACUAGCCAUGGCCUUGUCUAUUUGUUCUGUCCUGAUGCUCCUGUAUUCCUCCAUUCAACCAAAGUACAUGACCCAAACCUCUGAUACUUUUCGCUCGGUAGUAAAUUUUACAAUGUCGGCUUUGAUUGCAAUGGUGAUUGCAUUCGUUACUGGCACAUACGCAGUACUUGGCGGUCAUUAUCCGGGAUUAGCCAUUGCAGCUGUUGUGCUUGGCUGCUUUUUCUUCUACUAUGCACUUAUCAGUCUCUUCAUGGAGAGAAAUACUGAAGGCACCGGUUUCCUUCCGGCACCAUUUGUAUUUAUUUAGGCAUUGUAUUGCUGAUAAUCGACCGUUAACUCAAUUACUGCACUGUUUUAACUUUUAACGCGAUGCUCUUGAAGCGAACUUACAGGCCUCGGCCGACUGAGUAGCUGUUGGAGCCUAAAUCGUUUCUGGUAACUGGAAUUCGAAGCAACAGAAGUAGCAGAAGCAGCAAGAAGUUUACUUUUGUUUGUUUUUUCUUUUUAAUUUGACGGCUAGCUAGUUUUAAGGUUUAGUAAUAAUCAAGUGACAAGUGUACUGUCCAGAUUAAAUUUGCAAAUGGUGUUGGUUAAGUGUUUGUCUUCUAGCUCCAUGUUAGAUAAGUUUGUGAGUUGGCAAUGUACCAAAAUUUGGAACAUAAAUAUAUAAAUGUAUUGUGAUGUAAGAGCUGCUGCAUUUGCACAA